AUGCUUCCCCUAUUUAUACUGCCUGAGAAAUUGUUUUCCAUCAGUAAAGCUGGUUUUAACGCCAGCCUGGCAGCGUCUUUAGACUCUCGCACUCCCAAAUUGUCCCCUCCUCCAGCUCGACUCCUCCGGGAGCGCGCGGCCACCGCUGCAAUCCCAGAACACAAACGCCCAGAGCUUCCUCCGCUUAGAAACCCGGGGCGCUUGGCCCCGCCUCACCUGCUGUCGGCCCCGCCCCGCCCCGCCCCGCCAGCCGCCGGCUUGCUCACGGCUCCUCCCGUCCUCCCCGAAGCCCCGCCUCUGACCCCGCCCCGUCCUGUCUCCGUCCCGCCCCGCCUUCAACCCCGCCCCGUCCUGUCUCCGCCCCGCCUCCGCUUACCGGCCCGCGUCGCCGUCUCUCACCCUCCCCGGGCUGCGCGGCCGGAGCUGGCACAGAGGAUCCUCGGCCGCGGCGACAUCACCGCCUGGGGACGCGGGCGCUGCUCUGGAUACGGCGCCACCGAGAGAACCCGCCGCCCGCGGGUCCCUGUCCUGCGGUCCGCGGUUGCCCCCACGAGCGUCCGGCGUUUCCUGAGGGCGGGCGUGUCCGGGCCGUGCGGGGCGCGGGGACCGAGGGCGGCUGAGGAGACCGAGCUGGGGCAGCGCCUGCCGGAGCGCGGGGGACGACGCGGGGGUCUUGCGGAGCCCCCGCGGGAGCCUGGCCCACCGUGCAGAACAGUUUUCUGGAACUCUCCACCUCCGCCUACCUUGGGGCCCAGUGCGGCGCUGAGCCCCCGUCGGGAUAUGCCUGAGCUUUCGGACUCGAAUGUUCACCAUUGACUUCCCUGGUUCUCAGGACUUUGGACUUAGGCUGGAACUGCAUCAUCAUCAGCUCUGAUGGGUCUCCAGCAUGCUGAAUGCAGAUAUUGGGACUUCACAGCCUCCAUAAUCAUGUGAGCAAAUUUCGUAUACACACAUACUGUUGAUUCUGUUUCUCUGAACAUUCCUGACUAGUAUAGAGAUUUCUGAUUAAUAGAUCAUGUAGGUAUCCACUGGAAUAUUACUAGCAGGAAAUAGUGCUGAUCUGAAUGAGAGUGAGAGCAUAUACGUAUGUCAUUUUCUUAUUUUCCCCUCUUUAGUAGCAAAAACUACCCUAAGAAAAGAACGGUUUUUUGACAAUUAAAAAAAUAAACUUUAGCAUCAUUGAAACAUUAGAAAAUAUGUCUGCACAAAUGAAUAACUUAAAAAUAUAUUAUUACUGAAAUGGUGAUAAACAUUGUAACAUAUUGGCCUGUGUACUUCUAGAAUUUUAUCUGUGAGUAGUUACCCAUACCUCCCCACAAAAGACUAUGCAUUAGGUCAUAUAAAACAUUUUUGGUAAUCUAUUUAUUUCACAUAACAAUGUAUAAUGAACAUCUUCUGACACUAAAAUAUCUAUGUCAGCAUUUAAAUAUGCAGAAGUAUUUUUUAUUCUUCAAGUCCUUGGUACUAAAUAACUACUACUCACUCAGUUUCCCCUUCAUAGCUUACCGAGAAAGGAUUGUAGCAAGUCAUACCUUUCAGUAGGUACAGAACAUAGAGAAACAUUUUUUAAUUGCAUAAUUAUACUAAGAUAGAAGUUACAAAUCUUGGACAUUGACAGACAUUUACUCAUAUUAACUUGGCCUGUGUACUUAUAUAAGCAAAGCAAGAUAAUACCUAUCAACACAUUUCAGGCAAAUUUCUACUUUAUCGAUAAAUCCAAAAUGUGAUCACCAUUAGUACCACCACUUCAAACCAUGCGAAGGGAUGAUUGUAAACUUAUGAUAUUUAGAUACUACUUUAGCCAAAGAUGUUAUAUUUGGUUUUAUAUUUUGAAUAGUGGUCUGUUCUAUCACAUGCUGAUCUGUCACCAGUCCAUAGAAAAUCUUUGUGAAAUCUAGGAAAAGAUGUCCUUUCUGGAUGGAUAAAGUCCUGCAAAGUGCCUGACUUGACAAGGUGACACUCCUUCCUCCAUAUGGGGCAGGUAUAUCCCCAUGCCAGCCCCAGUUUAGUAAGUGGACCUCAGGCUGAAUUUCUGCUCCUAUUCUCCUGUCAAAACUGUAUGUAGUGCCCUGAAAGUUGGAAAUACUAAUGAGAGAUUCAAAAUAAAAUUAGUAUUCCCUACUAUAUUGUCUUAACAAAUUCAAAAAUAUGACUCUGCUAAGAAACAUUAUUUCAGUAUUUCAUAUGCAGGCAUUUAAGUUGAUUCUCAAACAAACAUAUCAUUAAUUUUUUUCAGUCUAUCUCUGCACUUUGAAGAGAUAAUCUCCAGGGUACAAGCUGUCACAGGGCUGAG